AUGGUUAUAGAUCAGGAUGACAGAAUAUAUUGCAGAGCUGGUUCCAAGGAUGACUUAGAGGUGUUUACUUCAAUGGAAUUUCCUGAGUUACUAGAACUUCAUAUGGAUUUUGGUAAGGUUGAUGAGACAGGAUUGGUCUUGAAAUCAGCACCCAAGCUUUCUUUUGUUACUUUAGCACAUGUCAAAAAUAUGAACUUUUUCAAAAAUACAUGGAACAGUUUGAGAAAGCUACAUGUGCAGUCCUGCUCUGGUAUUUUUUCUCUUGAGAAUGCAAUUUUACCAAACUUGGAGAUUUUAACAAUCGAUGUUUCAAGUGAUCGCUGUGGGGCAGCAAAGAUAAAUAACUGUACCUUUCCAAAGUUACUUAAAUUGGAAGUAACUGGUGGUGAUGAAGCUAAUGGUUUUUUCGAAAACUUCGUGGCUCCGAAUCUUGAAUCAUUUUCCUCAGAAAUGCACAUUCUUAAUCUAGAUUUAUCCAAAUCCAGCUCAAACUUGAAAUCUUUGAAUUUAUGGAAUGUAAGAAGCUUAAUAUUGGGAGCUCCUGAGAAGUUGAAGGAGCUCAAUCUGAGAGGAGACUGCUUGGAAGAUUUGACAUUCGACACUAGAGUUUCUUUGGAACAUCUUGAGGAAAUUAAUGCAGAUAUCUGGGAAUACGAAAGUUGGGCUAGGCUAGAAGAUCAUGAUGAACGCUAUUUUGAGAUUAUAUACAAGGAUGAAGAGCCUGAAUGGGAGUCUGACUCUGACCUUAGCUCAGAAGAAGAAGGUGAUGAUGAAGAAGACUGA